ACCUUCUCAGCAAGCUGUCAUCUCCAUUUUAAGCUAUAUCUAAAGGUCACUUACCUUUAUAUGCCUAUAUAAACUAAGGCCAUCUCAUAUUUGCAUCAUAUUAUACCAUCUUAAAUCUUAAUAGAGUUCUUAUCGGUUGUCUAUACAACAUUCAACAUAUUAACCCGAGAAAAACAUUCUUUCAUCGUUUUAAAAAUAAUGGGAGGAGUAACAUUAGAAGGACAAAGAAAGGAAUCAAUUUGGGUUCUGAUGAGAAGACAAAGAGCACGAAGGGCACUUGUGAAGAAGAUCAUGAUCCGACCCAAGAAAAGUGUGGAAGCUAUUAGAAGACCGUCUCGCGCCAUUCAUAGACGAGUCAAGACUCUGAAAGAGCUUGUUCCCAACACUAAAUCAUCUUCAGCAGGUUUGGAUGGACUCUUAAGGCAAACGGCUGAUUAUAUUUUGGCUUUGGAAAGGAAAGUGAGAGUCAUGCAGACUAUGUUUCAGGCUUUGACCGAAACUGAUUGUGUUUAACGACCUUAUUAACAUUUUGUAUAUCUUGAUGGAGUUUUAAACUUUAUUAUAAUUGUUCGUGUUUAUUUAAUUGUCUUGAGUGGUUGUAUUGUGCUAUGUAGAAACAAAUUCGGGGUGUGUUGCUGAUUUGAGACCGAUAUACAAAUUCAGGAAAUAUAUAUGAUUUGGGAAGAA